AUGCACCACAACCACCGACAUCAAUUAAAAUCUAACAAUACAAGUCCCAAUCUACAACCUUCAUUUUCCCCUUCUAGUCAUGCAACAUCACAAAUUCGAAAAUUAGAACAGCAAAAACAACAAUUAUUAUUAGACCAAUAUAAUCAAAAUAGAAAAAAGUUUAGUACAAUUUCAACAGCAGGAAGUCCCCAAAGUAUAGGUAGUUGUGUUGCUGCUGAGCAGGGAGAUGGGGGAGGGUGUGGACAAUGCCAUUAUUGUACUAUAAAUAACAAUAAUAUCGAACAAAGUAGUCGUCGUUGUAAUUCACAUAGAAAAUGGAAAAGUCAUUUAAUGUCCAGACACAAAUAUUUAAUUGUUAUUGGAACUGUUUUAUUUGUUGAUGUCCUUUUUCUUUUUCCAUAUUCGGGUAUUCAAAUGGUGGCACUUUUACAUUUAAAUAAUUUACUUGCAACAUCUCAAAUGAGUACUUUAAUACGUUGGGGACUUCAAAUACUAAUUGGUGUUCAUUCUGUAUGCCAACCACUUUGUUAUUUCCGAAUGAAAGAAUUUCGCCGGCUAGCCUGUUGUUUAGGUGUUAGUAGACCUCGUCGUUAUAAUGGAAGUGGAAGUAGUUCUAAUUUUGCGCAGAACGUUGUUGGAGUUGGGGCAGGUGGGGGAACGCACAGCAAUCGUUCUGCUAGAUCUAUUGGAUCAUUUAAAGCUGCAACUAUUGGUUUUUCUUUGAAUAUAACAGGGGAAUCUCUAUCUUAUCGCGUCUCUAAUCCUUCAUAA